AUGCCGAAAUAUGAAAUACAAGUUCAGGUUCCACGAGUGAACAAAAAUGAAUUUGAAAGAAAUCAGUCACAGUUAUUAUCAGAUGAGUAUGAUGAAUUCAGUGAUCCAACAUUAUCAUUCGAACGGAAUCGUAUCAAGCAGUUACAGGAUGAACGGGUGCAUAUUCAGAAGAAAACAUUUACCAAAUGGUGUAAUUCAUUUUUGGGCAGAGCACGACUCGAAAUCGUUGAUUUAUUCGUGGAUCUUGGAGAUGGAAUAUUGCUGAUGAAAUUGCUAGAGAUUAUUUCGGGCGAAAAGCUCGGCAAACCAAAUCGAGGUCGAAUGAGAGUACAAAAAAUUGAAAAUCUUAAUAAAACACUCGAUUUCCUGAAGAAAAAUCGAAUUCAGCUUGAAAAUAUUGGUGCAGAAGAUAUUUUGGAUCGAAAUGAACGGCUUAUUCUUGGUCUCAUUUGGACGAUCAUUCUUCGUUUCCAGAUUGAUACGAUUUCCAUCCCGAUGGACGAAGAAUCUGGUGAAAGGAAACAUGCGAAGGAAGCACUUUUAUUAUGGUGCCAAAGAAAAACAUCUGGUUAUGCGAAUUCUAAAAUUGAAAAUUUCACCACUUCAUGGCGUAAUGGUUUAGCAUUCAAUGCAUUGAUUCAUGCUCAUCGGCCAGAUUUGAUCAAUUACGAAAGUUUGUCACCACAAGAUGCGAUUGGAAAUUUAAAUAAUGCUUUUGAUGUGGCAGAGAAAAAGCUAGAUAUUGCACGUUUGUUAGAUGCUGAAGAUGUUAAUGUUGCUCAUCCGGAUGAAAAAUCUAUCAUUACUUACGUUUCACUUUACUAUCAUCAUUUUGCAAAGCAAAAAACAGAAAUGACUGGUGCAAGACGAGUUGCUAAGAUUGUCGGUAGUCUGUUGUCUUCUGAUCAACUUCAAGAAGAUUAUGAAGCGCUAUGUUCGGAAUUGCUUCUUUGGAUACAGCAAACCAUUGCAAUGUUGAACGAUCGAAAAUUUCCAAAUUCGCUGAAAGGAAUUCAGGAUGAAUUAUUGGCAUUCAAAAAUUAUCGUACUGUGGAAAAACCACCAAAAUACAAGGAGAAGGGAGAAUUGGAAGCUUUGUUUUUCACAGUACAAACAAAGAGAAAGGCCAUGGGAAGGAAACCGUAUAUUCCUCCAGCAGGUCUGUUUAUGCAUGAUAUCGAAUCAUCUUGGGCACUUUUGGAUCACUCUGAAAAUGACAGACAACUGGCCCUUAUGAUGGAAUUGCGGAGACAGGAAAGGUUGGAACUUAUGGCGCAGAAGUUCGAGCGCAAAGCAGGAUUACGAGAUGCGUGGUUACGUGAGAUGAGUUCUGUCUUACAAGAUUUUGAUUUAGGUAGAAAUAUUGCUCAAGUUGAAGCUUCACUGAAAAAACAACAAGCUAUUGCUGCCGAUAUCCUACCUAGAGAAAAUCGGUUUAAGUCUCUGUCGUUUAUGGCUGUUGAGCUAUCAAAGGAAAAUUAUCAUGAUUGCGAUAAAAUCCGAAUACGCGAACGUGAGCUUUUGGAUAAAUGGUCACAGUUGCUAGCAGCUCUAGAGGCACGACGUCGUGCGCUUUUAUCAUUAAGUGAUCUGAUGGGUUUACUUCGGGAUAUAGAUACACUAUCAUCGGAGAUACGUGCAUUAGAGCCUCAAUUUCGAAGUCGCGAUGUUGGAAAACAUUUACUAGGAGUUGAGGAUUUGCUUGGCAAACAAGAGAUUCUCGAAGCGCAACUUAAUUCACAAGGGGAAUUGUUGAAAAAUGUGACAUCCCAAGCACUUGACUAUAUUCGGGGAAAAGGAGAACAGUAUGAUGUGUUGCAAAAGAAGUUAGACGAUGUGAGCAGCCUUUAUGAAAGUGUUGUACAGUUAUGCCAGCAGCGCAGAAUAAUGUUGUAUCGUGCUCGUGAUUUGUAUCGUUUUAUCCAAGAUGAUGAAGAAGAAAUGAGUUGGUUACAGGAGAAAGAAGAUUUGUGUAUUUCGCUUCUCAAAAACAGGGAUCUUUCAGCUACUGCCCAAUUAAGGCGUAUUUUUAAGAAUUUGGAAACCGAAAUGGAAGGACAUUGGCAGAGAGCAAAAGGAGUGAUUGCAGCUGGUGAACGACUGGUAGCAACGGGUCAAAAUAAAGAGGAUAUUCAAACAAGAAUAUACAAUUUACACGCAAAAUGGGAGCAGCUGAGAAAAGUGGUUGAAGCGGUUGGAAGAUGGCUUCGUGAAGCUGAACAAGCUCACCAAUAUUUCCAGGAUGCAAAUGAAGCAGAAAGUUGGAUCCGUGAGAAAAUGCCGCUAGUCAAAAGUAGUGAUUAUGGACGUGAUGAACAGGCAUCAGAAAGUCUGUUAUCAAGGCAUUUACGUUUGGAAGAAGAAAUCCAAGCUUAUCGAGCUGAUAUAAUAAAACUUGAAGAGAUGGCAAGAGAGUUAGUUAAUACGGAAUUCAUUGCGGGUGCUGUUGUACGUGUCGAAGAAGAUACCGAAGAACUUAUUGUGCCUCAAGUGAAAAUGUUAUACACUUACUCUGGAAAUAAUAUUGAAGCUAAAAAAGAUGAGAUAUUGGCACUAAUCGAAAAAUCAAACAAUGAUUGGUGGCGUAUUCUGAAACAAGAUGGAAUCGAGGGUUAUGUACCCGCAAAUUAUUGUAAAGUUGUGGAAGGUGAAACAGUAACGGUUGCACAAACAAUUACUCGUAAGACAGAACGCGAAUCACAGGGUUCCCGAAAUGCCAUCAUCGAACGCCAAGAAGCCAUAAGUGCUUGUUAUCGAAAUCUGAAUAAUUUAGCUGAGGAACGUCGGCGUCUUCUCAGUGACAUAAUUAAACUGUACAAAUUCUUACGUGAAUGUGACCAAUUUGAAACUUGGGUAAAAGAGACAGAAACAGCUCUCGCUGACAACGCAACUUCAGAUAAUGUUAAGGCUUCGCGGAAGAAAUUUAAUAAACUUGAAAAUGAAAUCACCGCGAAUGGUAAGAUACAGAUAAAACGAAUUAAUGAUGUUGCCGAAGAAUUAGUUAAUGAAGGUCAUAGCCAUAGUGAUGAAAUUCGACGACGUCAGAAUGCAGCGAAUUUGUUUUGGAAUAAAAUACGGGAUCUUUUAAAGAUAAAGCAACGUCAACUUGAAGCAGCCGAAAGAGUUGCAGCAUUUAAUGAAACAUGUAAAGACGCACGAUCAUGGAUGCAAGAUAAAUUUGAUUUACUUGAACAUAAAGUUGAUAUGAAUGAUCCGAAAGCUGUUCAGACAAUUCAAAAACGUUAUCAAAAUUUGGGAAAAGAUCUUAAACCUCUAGAGGAGAAGAUCCGUUUCUUGCAGAAGCUUGCAGAUGAGGUGAAGAAAGAACAUCCUGAGGAAGCUGCUAGGAUUGAACAGAUGAUCAAGGAUUUGGUUAAAAUGCAUGAUGAACUGCGGCAAAAAUCAGCUGCACGUAUUGAAGAAGCUGAACAGACACAAGGACAUCAGAUGUUCGAUGGUGCUGUGAAGAAUUUGCAGAUAUGGAUUGACAAAACAAAGUUAUCUCUUGUUGAUAAUACUCGACCAGUAGAUGUUUCAUCAGCUGAGGAGCUACUGAAGAAGCAUUAUGAGCUUAACGAUGACAUAAAUGGCAAAAAAUAUGAAUUCGAUUACGUGCGCGAACUUGGACAGCGCUUGUUGCAAAAAAAUCCUGCACUCAACGACGUGAGGGGAAGUUUGAAAAAAUUGGACGCCGAACAGCAGACACUUAAUGCUUUAUGGAAAGAAAAAGAGCGAAGGCUGAAAGAACUUUUGAAUUUGCAACUACUAAACACGGAAGCGGAAAGAAUUGAUGCAGCAACAAAAGGACAUGAAGCUUUUUUGGAACUUUCCAAUCUUGGGGAUUCGGUAGAAACAGCUGAAAAUUUGUUGAAGCGCCAUUCGGACUUCGAAGCGAAGCUUCGGGCCCAGGAAGAUCGAUUGAAAGUUUUCGCGAAAGGUGCCGAUCAGCUGAUUCAGGCAAAACAUAGCGAAGCAGAUUUCAUUAAAAAGCGCCGUGAUGAUGUUUUGGCUCGUCGAUCGUUAGUCCAUCAAGCAGCGGCAAAGCGUCGUGUACAGCUAGAAGCAUCACUUCAGUAUCAGAAUUUACGCCGAAAUAUUCAAGAGUUAUCGCAAUGGAUAGCGGAAAAGAGGAAGAUUGCAAAUGAUGAUUCUUACCGGGACAUAGCAUCUAUUACUAUGAAAUUAUUGAAACACAAAGCAUUUGAGGCGGAAUUGAAAGCAAAUGCUGCACGUUUAGACGAAUUAAAUGCGGAAGGAAAUGCGCUUAUAGCAGCGCAGCACUAUGAAUCGAAAUCCAUUCGGAAAUUGUUAGACGGUGUAAAUGUGGAAUGGUCUGAUCUUUUACACGCAGCAAAUGCUAAAGGAGAAUGUUUGAGACAAGCGGAAGAUCAAAAAGGGCUGAAUAGUGCCCUGGAUGAUGCGCAUUUGAAGUUAGAUGAAAUACAAGCAUCUUUGAAUUCGAAAGAUUUGGGAUCUGAUUUGCGUGGCGUAAAGGAGCUUAUUCACAAACAGGUUGUUAUAGAAAAGGAAAUGUCUGUUUUCGAGAAAAGAGUUGUUGAAAUAACAGAGAAAGCAAAUGCUAUGAUACAACAGGGACAUUUCGAUUCUGCCACCAUAAAAAAGGCCGUACAAAAAUUGACUGAAAGGUUUGAAUCACAGAAAAAACCAGCCAAAGAUCGUCGGACGGCGUUAGAAGAAAGCUUGAAAUGGCAUCAAUUGUCGUUCGAUAUAGACUGUGAAAUGCAUUGGAUUUCGGAGAAAGUUCCGAUUGCAUCAUCGGAAGAAACUGGCCGCUCUCUUACAGAAACCACCAAUAUGCAAAAAAAACAUGAACAGUUGGAGGCAGAAGUGGCGUCACGACUACCUCAUAUUAAGAAGACACUGGAUCGUGGUAGUAAUCUUAUUAAGGAAAAGCAUUAUGCCCAGGAACAAAUACGCGCGAAAUAUGAACAGCUUUCUGAUGCUUUAACACAUUUGAAUAAUUUAAUGCGAAAGCGGAAGGAUUUGCUGGAUUGGGCGUUGAAAGAAGAACAAUACAUGUUUGAUGCAGCCGAGGUCGAUUCAUGGAUGAAUGAGAAGCGAGGAGCGUUAACAUCAGAAGAUUAUGGUCAGGAUGAAGAUGCAGCGCAAAAGUUAUUGGCUAAACAUAAAGCUUUACAAGCUGAUAUGGUUACAUAUAAACAAUGGCUUCAGAAACUAGCAAUUCAGUGUAAGGACUUAGAGAAUUCGAAUCGGUCAAACAAUGAACGAUUUGUUACGAGGCAAACGGAACUGGAAAAAGAAUUUGAAACACUUUCAAAUUUGGCAGAUGAAAGAAGGCAGCAACUUGAAAAUGCCGUCUACUUAUAUCAGUAUUUGCGAGAAAGUCAGGAUUUAGAGGCAUGGAUUAACGAGCAGUUACAAGUUGCAAUGAGCGAAGAUUACGGUGUCGAUUAUGAGCAUUUAAAGGAAUUACAGAGUCGUUUUGAAGAUUUCAAGCAAAGUGUCAAAACAGGUAGCGAAAGAUUUGUACAUUGUGAAUCAGCAGCAAAUGCACUGCUGAGACGCAAUCCACCGUUUGCUCGUGACAUUUUGAAACGACAAGAAAAGCUCAGGUCUGUCUGGUCCUUGCUGCUAGAUUAUAUUGAAAGUCGAGAUCAAAAGCUGGAAGCAGCAGAAGAAUUGCAUCGUUUCAACCGCGAUAUAGCUGAGAAUCAAGAACGAAUAGCUGAAAAGCAAGCUUCAAUUCCUGCAGAACUUGGUAAAGACAUCAAACAAGUUCAUUCCUUAUGGUUGAAGCAUGAAGCUUUUGAAAAUCAGCUUGGUGCUAUGGAACAACAGCUACGCGAUUUAUUAGAAGAAAGCGCGCGCUUGAAAGCUACUUAUCCUGGUGGUAAUGCGGAACAUAUCACGGCACAACAAGCAGCUCUAGCUGAAGCUUGGCAGGAUUUGCAAGACGCAACCGUCUCACGUCGUGAUAUGCUGAAAGCUGCUUAUGAUUUCCAGCGUUUUUACGUAAAUGCUCGUGAUUUGAUAGCAUGGACAGAAGUCAUUGUAAGAGAUAUGCAAAGUAAACAAGCGGUACAUGAUUUACAAAGUGUGGAGUGGUUGCAGAAGGAGCAUCUUCGCCUGCAGGCUGAAAUAGAGACGCGUGGACCGGAUUUUGCACGAUUAACUAGUCGAGGGGAACAAAUGAUAGCAAAAGAUCAUUAUGCAAGUGCACAAAUCGCAGCAAAAUUAAAGCAGGUUGACCAAGCUUUAAGACGGGUUCGAGAUGAAUGGGCCAUACGGCGCGAAUGGUUGUCGCAAGUACGUGAAUGGCAUGCAUUUCAGCGAGAAGCAAAACAAACUCUGGCUACGAUUGCAGCUCGACAAGCAACACUUUGUUGUGCCCAGGUUGGAGGAACAAUGGAAGAAGUUGAAAAUCAAAUCAAAAAAGUGGAGACGUUUCAAAAGGCGCUUGCGACUCUUGAUGAUCGCGUUGCAGCUUUACAAAAAACAGCAAAACAAUUGGUUGCUGCCAGACAUAUUGAAUCCUCGAAAAUCGACCAGUAUAUGAAACAAGUGGAAGCAGCUCUUACACAGCUUCGUGUACAGCUGAAUGUACGGAAAAGUAUUUUGGAUGAUGCAUUGAAUUUGGCUUGUUUCAAUAGCGAUAUGAUGGAGAUAGAAAGCUGGAUUGAUGACAAACAGAAACGAAUAAAUGCUGAGAAUGAUAGACAAGCGAAACUAACAAGUAUUGAAGAUAAAAUGAAGCGCUUGCAAAAACAUCAGGCGAUGGAAGCUGAAUUAUCAACAAAUGAGUCCAGAAUUCAGGAAAUUAGAACACGGGCACAAACAUUAGCAUCCAAACCUACUAACGAUGGACAUGACAUUAACAAGAGGACUGGUGCCAUGCUUAAGAAAUGGGACGAACUAGUUGCUAUGUCACGUGAUCAAAGUAGUGCGUUGGAAGAAGCUCGAGAUUUGCUCGAUUUUAAACAGCUUGUUGAAAGGAUUAUGAGAUGGAUAAAAGAAAGAGAACUGCUAGUCAGUGUCGGUAAAAUGGGUCGUGAUAUGGAGCACUGCCAAGCACUACUGGAAAAAUUGGAUGGAACACAAGCAGAUGCAAGUGUUGACCAAACUUCCGUUGAAUCUGCGAAUUGUUUAGGUCAAAAGCUAAUUGCUCAAGGGCGGUCUUCAAAGGAUGAAGUGCAGCAACAGCUCAAUGAAUUAAAUGAUGCUUGGAAAGAAGUGCAAGUCAAACUAAGUUUGUACCGCUCACAGCUCCGUUCAGCACUCGAAGUCCACGCGUUCAAUCGCGAUGUUGACGAUACUUGUGAAAGGAUUCAAGAAAAGCUUGCUUCUGUCGUAAUUGAUGAUCUUGGGAAAGAUUUGCAUUCCGUCGAAGCAUUGAUACGUAAGCAGGAAGCAGUCGAAAGGGACAUGACUGCGCACGAUAUUGAGGCACAGAAACUUCUCGACAAGAAACCGCCACUUUGCAAUACAGUUAUUGAAUCGCUGCAGAAACUGGAAACUUCGUGGAAACAAUUGGCUGAACGCGCGACAGCUAGGGGACAGGCGCUAAUGUCAUCUGGUGAAUUGCACAAAUUCCUUGAUGCAAUGUGGAAAGCUGAAAUGUGGGUAGUAGACGCCCUUAGUCGACUUACAACUCAAGAAGCUCCACGUUCUGUAGCAGAUGCUGACGCAUUUAUUGCUAGACAUGUCGAGAAGCUUGCAGAAAUUGAUGGACGACAGCGCGAAGUAUCAGAAUUGCGGGAAUGGAGCACGAGGUUGAUAGCUAAACAGUCGGAUCAUAAAGGUGAAAUACAACGAUCCCUAAAACGACUUCAAAAUGCAGAGCAUCAGUUACGUCAGGCAUGGGAGGCUCGGAACGUUGCCUUAGCUCGAGCUCGGAAUCGUCAGUUGUUUGCUGAUCAGGCUGCUCGUGCUGAACAAUGGCUUGCAUCCAAAGAAGCAUUCCUGAAGCAGGCUGAUAUGGGCGAGAGUGUUGUUGCUGUUGAUGUACUACUUAAGAAACACUGUGAUUUCGAAAAAACCCUUGUUGCUCAAAGUGAUAAAAUCGAUGCUCUAAAGAAAGACGCGGAUUCAUUAGCGCUAUGUGAUACAGAUUACCGUGAUGAAAUCGAAAAAAUCCGGGACACAGUCCUCUCUCGACAUGUAGCGCUCAUGGAAUCAUGCAAACGACGUCAUGAAUUGUUGAAUGAAUCACGCAAAUUACAUGAAUUCAUCGAUAGCUGUGGUGAACUGAUGACAUGGAUCAAUGCAAACAUUCAACUAGCAUAUGAUGAAAGCUUUCUGGACCAAACAAAUUUAAGAGCUAAACUACAAAAACAUUUGACAUUUGAUGCUGAAUUGGAAGCUAAUGAAGGUCGUGUAAAAUCGAUGGUUGAGAUCGGUAAUAAGCUUAUUGCUGGCAAACAUUAUGCAGCUGAUCGAAUCGCUUUGCAAAUUGCUGAAAUAAGACGAGGGUGGGACGAGCUAAGAAGUAAAUCAGAAAUGAAAAAACGUCGAUUGUGGGAAGCUAACGAAGCAUAUCAGUUGAAUCGACGCAUUGAAGAUCUGGAGAAAUGGCUCGAACGGGUAGAAAACGAUUUAUCAAGUGAGGAUCAUGGAAAAGACUAUAUUUCUGUGGAAGCACUUAUCAAAAAGCAAGACGACUUAGAGGCUGAAAUCAAAUCCAGAAAAGAUGCAGUCAAUGAAAUUGUUUCUAAAGCACAUGAAUUUCAGAAACAGGGUUACGCCACUGCUAAUGAAUCAUUGGAAAUGGCUACAGCUCUCGAGAUACGAUACAAUGAGCUGAAAAAACCUUGUAUAAUUCGCCGGGAGAACCUAAACGAUGCUUUGGCAUUUUAUGGAUGGAUAUCAGAAGCGGAAGAACAAAUUGAAUGGUUAAGUGAUCGAAAACGGCAGACGAUAAGUACGGAUUAUGGAGAUACGCUGCAUGCUGUACAAUUGCUUGCCAAAAAGCAUGCACAUCUUGAAGCUGAUAUUAAUAAUCGGCGGGAAGCAAUAGCAAGGGUUGAGGAGAAAGGUCGCAAAAUGAUAAAAGACGGGCAUUUUGCAUCGAGCGCAAUACAGGAAGUUUUAGAUGAAUUGGCAACAUUGGUUCUAUCUGUAAAACAGUUCAUAAAUGAAAGGUCACAAAAACUGAAGGAUUCUUUACAAAGUCAGCAGUACUAUGCCGAAGCUAAUGAAGCUGAACAAUGGAUGCGUGAGCGCAUACCAUUGGUGGCAAAUAGCGAUAUGGGUAAGGAUCAGGUAGCUGCAGAAGGGCACUUGAGACGACUGAAAACGUUAGAAAAUGCUAUAAAUAAAUUCUCCGAUGAAAUCGAAAGACUACGAAAGGAAGCGGAAGUAAUGUUCGCUGCAAAACAUUUUGAUUCUACAAAUCUUUCAUCAAAACAGAGCAAGUUGGAAGAAUUGUACAAACAGCUCAGAGAUGAUAUUACAAGGCGUAAGAUACAACUGGUGGAUUCAGCAAGAUAUCAUGCAUUUGUUCGCCAAGUUGAUGGCCUCGACCGAUGGCUUUCAGAGAAAUUAGAAAUCACUAAGCAAGAAAAUUAUGGCCGCGAUUUGGCUGAAUGUCAAAAACUGGUAACCGAAUUCGAUCAAGUUGUGCGUGAAUUAGCUUCUGCUGGUGAAAGAAUCGCUGCAGUGAAAAAAACUCAGGAAGAACUGCUUCGUAGUGGUCAUCCAUUUGGCGUAUCUAUAAAAGCAAAGGGGACUGAUCUGCAACAUCUUUGGUCUCGGGUCAAUGAAGUAGCUAAUGAACGCCAGCAGGCUUUGCAAGGGGCUAUUCAGGUCCACAAAUUUGAUCAAGAUGCUGAUGAGACUCUUGGUUGGUUAGAGGAAAAGGAAGCGCACCAAGUAGCACUUGAAGGUGAAGAUAUUUCUCGAGCUGAUCUUCCUGCUUUGAAACAACUGAUGAAUAAAUACGACGAAUUUAUGCGUGGCGUUACGGCAGUUGAGAAGCAGGUUAACGAUUUAUGCCGUGAAGCAGAACGUUUGAUAUCAUUAUAUCCUGACACACAGGAACAUCUAGUAGUACGUAAGAUGGGGAUGGAAGAGCAACUGAAAGACGUAUUGAGUACUGCUAAUAAAUAUCAUGAGAAACUGCAGCAGAUGCGGAAUUUGCAGUCGUAUUUCCAAGAAUAUCGCGAUUUAAUCACUUGGAUUAAACGCUUACAGCAUGCUAUAACAAGUGAAACACUUCCUAACGAUGUGGAAGGAUGCAAGACAUUAAUGCUAAGACAUGCAGAAUACCAAGCUGAAAUUCAUGGACGACAGCCUGUUGUUGAUGAAUUUAUUCGUAAGGGUAACAGUAUGAUUGCUGCACAACAUGUUUUGUCUUCCGAAAUAUCCGGCAAGAUUAAACAAUUAGAAUCAGCUAUGGAUUUAUUGAAAGAUAUCUGGAAAGAGCGAUUAGUGUUAUACGAAGAAAAUCUGGACUUGCAACAAUGGAAACGAGAUGCGCAUAUCACAGACACAUGGUUAACAGAGAAGGAAGACAUGUUGAAAGAGGACUGGAGGAAAGUUGAAGAUGUCGACGAUGCAGAUAAUAAAAUAAGGAAUUUCGACGAUUUUCUGAUUACAUUAGAAGCUCAAGGUGAGAAGUUCGACUCUUUGAAAAGGUUAACCCUUCUCGAGAAGGCUUAUUCAAAACAGCGCAAGAAGGAAUCUGAAAGAAUCCAAGCAGAGAAAGGAAAAAGCGAAUCACGGAAAGAAAGUAUUAAGACAUUUGAGAAACAGAAUAAACUCCAAGAUCGUCGAAAAGAACGUGAAAGACGUAUGACUCAAGAAGUAGCAUUGAUGAAGCCAAGUCCAUCAUGUACCGAAGAGGUGUAUGCAUCUAAUACCUUACCGCAUCUUCGACGUGGAACCGAACCUGUUCCAUGCAUUCGGACAUCCUCUUUCGAAUCAAAAGAAGGACCGACUACUCCUUCGAAACAGGCAGCUUUGAGCGUUUCGGAUGGUUCGUCGGUAGAAGCCGAUAGAAUGCUGAAGACAUCUGGAUCUAUGUUAUCAAUUGAUGAAACUCUGACGAUCCAGAGGAUAGGUUCAACUCGAAGAACUCCGAAAUUUACUACAAGAAGGUCGAAUUCAUUAAAAAAAGUCGGAACGCGGGAAGACUUCGGACCGAUUGAUAUGCACGGAUAUCUCGAUCGGAAGCAAGAUUUGCAAAGCGGUGGGAAAAAGGCAACAGUACGCACAUGGAAAAGAUAUUAUACAAUUCUCUGUGGACAGCUUCUAUGUUUUUUCAAAGAUGAAGAUUCUUUUUUGGAAAAUUCGGCAGCUUCUGCGCCUGUCAAUAUCCUGAAUGCGGAAUGUGAUGCUUGUCCUGAAUAUAUGAAAAAAAAGAAUACCUUUAGGCUGAAAAUGCAGGAUGGGUCGGAGUACCUCUUUGCUUGUAAUGACGAUGACAAAAUGCUAGAAUGGGUAUUGAAAAUAAGGUUUCAUGCAAAUUUGGCACCCGCCCAGCAGCUUCGAAGCUUUGAGAAGAGUGAAAGCCCGCCAAUGUAUUCACCGCCACCACGACCUGUCGAAACUGUACGACGACACACUACGGAAUUAGUUUCAUCGGUAGAAGUUAAUGCCUUUUCAUCACCGUCCUAUGAAUCCAAAUCAGUUGAAAAGUCCGGUAUUAUAACUAAUAAUCAUCAUAGCGAAGAAGAAAUGAAGUUGGAACUUCAAAAUCAGUCCUAUAGGUCGACAACAACAACAGCAGUAACAUCGGUACAGCGUGAAAACGGGUUCGGAAAUCUUGAUGGCCCUGAAUUCCAAUACCUAAAUCGUGAUAACGAAAUGAACGGUAGACGGGUGUUGGAGUUGGAUUCGGAUUCCAUAGCGUCAUCAACAUCACGUCGAAACACUGGUAAUAUAAAAGGCGCUGACAAUGAUUUUAUCGCCUGGGUGGAAAGACACUCCGAUUUGUCAUCAUCAACAACUUCUGCACCAAUUGCUCCUGUUGUCGGACUGUCCGAUGAUACUGAUUCUGUUAAAAAGCGUAAAGCAUUUUCGUUCUUCAAGCGUAGUUCACGACAUAAGGAGAAUAGUACGAAGUAA